AUGAGCUCUUACCAAGUCGGAGAUGUUUCCAAGCUCUUCGGAACAGCCAAUGAAGAAGCCUCAUCACUUAUUGUGCAAAAUCAUAAUCAACAGAAAACUGAAGAUGAUGAUUUUAUUUCUAAUUUAAAAAAGAGAGGCAUUGAUAAUGAAGACCAUGAUGAUGAUUCUUCCGAUAAAGAAACUAGAAAAAAACCAAAGAAAAAGUCAAAACCAGUUGAACCAAGAAAGAAAAAAAGAAAGGAAGAGAAGAACAAGGAAGAUUCUGAAGAAUCGGACAAUGAGGACGAACAAACUGAGCAAAAAACCAAAUAUGAUGCAAGAGAAGGUGAAAUAGAGAUAGAGGAUGAGCUCGACAAUGAAGAAAAAGAAGGAGCAGAAGAAAAGGAUGAUGAUAAAUUCAAAACAAAAAGAAAAAGAUUAACCAAUAAGGAAAAGAAAGAAAUACGAAAACAGGAUGAUAAUACUGUAUUUGUUUCUAAUUUUCCAAUUCCUAUGGAAGAUAAGAAUUUGAAAAAGUCGAAACAAUUAGUCACAAAAUUAUUUUCAGUGUACGGUACUAUUGAAAGCGUACGAUUUAGAUCUCUGUGUUAUGAAAAAUCUAAAAUUCCAACAAGAAAAGGUCAUUUGGCUUCUGGUUUGAGAACUAAGGAUUACGGAAAUGUGUAUAUCACUUUGAAGAGAUGA